AAUAAAUUGAUCGUUGCUCUAAUUUUUUAAAAUACAAUAAUUAAAUUUAUUCAGUGCCGGUAAAACUCUAAUGAUAAAAUAAAAUAACGAACAUAAAAGAACAUGAAAAUAAAAUUACAAUGUAGAAAAAACAAAUAUGUACAUUUCGAUAACAAUUCUUAAAUCAAAACAGACGGCAAAGCGUUUUUAAGUGUGAAAAAGAUUUUUUAAAAACAAAACUUUUAGAAACUAUGGCUGGAUAUAGAUGUGUAAACUUUUAUGAUUUAUGUAGACUUUGUUCCUCUGUAGCAGGAGAUAAAAAUAUUCAAAUUUAUUCAAAUGAAACUUUAUUGAAAAAGAUUAACGAAUGCUUGUCAAUAACAUUAAAUGAUGCAGAUCAAUUGCCAAGAAUCAUCUGCCCAUCCUGUAAAGAAUACAUUGAAAUUUUUUCAGAGUUUAGAAAAUCGUGCAAAAAUGUACAGCAAAUGCUUGAAAGUUGUUUGAACAGUACAAAACUUAGAAAUGGCGGUCAGGUGUAUAUAAAGGAUGAAAUACCAUCGAAGAAGGUAUUGAAACCUAUUCCAAAUGUAAACAUCCAAAUUGCAACAUCUCCAACAACAAAUUCUGUAAAAAAAAAUGUAAUUACACAAAAUCCCCCUGAUUUUUUAAGUAGCAUUAUGCAAGCAGUUGGAAUACAGACUGUUGAAGAAGUAACCGAAAAUUGUGCAAACCUGUCACAGCAAAAUUUUCAGCAACAACAAAUGGCGAUUCAAUCAUUGCCUCAAUACACUCUAACUUUGGACACAGUCAAACCGGGACAGAUCCAGUAUAAAAUUGAAAAUGCUAGUAAUUUACUUGGCCAAUCACCUACGAUAAUAGCAAAAAAUCUUCAGAAUCAACAAGUUACUCUAAAUCAUGUAGAUGAAUUCUUAAAGAAUAAGCCUGCGAUUAUUGUUAAAAAAGAAGUUCCAAUAGACGAUAGAAAAGACAAAAGAGCAAAAUUUAACUUAAUUCUGAAGCCACAACAAAAGCCAAUUCAAAAAAUUCAACCAUCUCAAAUUGUAUCAACGACAAAAAGAACAUUAAGUACACAAAAUCACAAAGCACAAAUUCUAAAUAUUGAAAAAAUAUUGCCUGUUGCAAAUCAAACAUCGCCUACAAAGCAGGUAGUUGUUCCAGUAAUGAUUCGAACUAACAAUGAUGGACGCAUCGGAGAUGCAAAAAAACAAUUGCUAACACAAGCAAUAGCAGGCAAUCAUGGAACUGAAAAUAAGGCAUCUAUUCAACAGCCUUUUUUCAUGCAAAUGAAACUUCAAUCAAAUUCUGAUGGUCAGUUUACAUUCACACCCGCAGCAGCUGCUCCUCAUCAAAUUCAAUUGUCACUUUCUCCACAGCAAUUGCAACAGAUAAGUUAUCAAACUACACAUGCUCAAUCAUCGCAACCAGCACUUCAAACACAAAACGUCUCUACAGUUCAAGACAUUCAAACCCAGACAAUUGUUCAAGAGUCACACGAAAAUAACGAGGAAGAGAUUUUUAGUGAUACAUUUGAAAACGACUAUUAUCCGGGAGAGGAAGAAAGUGAAUUUCAUGAAGAUCCAGAAAAAAAUUUUAAUAAUGUUACUGACAAAAAAACACCUUCAAAAAAGACUUUAAAAACGAUCAAACCCGUCAAGUUAAAGACAAAGUUAGACAUAGCUACGAAUAAUGAUAUACCAACCAUCAAUCCUCAACAUUCUGAAAUGGCUAAGAAGCAAUUGAAUCUAAUAACUAGUUACAAUAAUAAUACCAGUAAACGAAUAGAAAAUGAAACUAUCGAUAAAACUAGUGAUAUUAGUUUAACUGUUUGUGAUGUGAAAAAAAUUAAGUUAAGACAAGAAUUAAAAGAGGAAUAUUGUUCUCAAAAUGUACAGAAGCAAACGUCCCAGCAACCAAAAAUCGUACAACUGCAGCAGGUUGAAAAUGAUAGUUCACAACAAAUAAUUAUAUCCAUGUCACAAUCUAGAUAACAGACAAAGAGCAUGCUCUCAAUGAGUAUACUCACUUAAAUGUACUGACUGAGUUAACUC